AUGCUCGACAAAUGCAUGCCGAAAUACAGAUUCACUCCUCCGACUUCAUUACACUGUGGUUCAUUCACUUCUGCAUCAAGUAACUCCCUGUUAUUUGAGACUCCGGUCUUGAGUAGUCAUCUGACUCCAACAUCGCAACAGUCAGUUACUACGACUGCAAGUGUCACCAGUGGUAUUGGAGCUAGUGCGUCGGUUAGUACAAGCCAAUCAACUCUCAGCUCCACAAGCGCACCACCUGGUGUCAGUCUCCUCAUGUCUUCUGGUUUGUGCCCAGCCCCACGGGUUCUCAUACACAAAUCUACCGGACUAACGCAUCUCAAUCCGGGUUUGGGUUCCGGCACCGGACUCUCAGAGCCAUUCCCACUUACUCUGGUUACUACUCCUGUCAGAACGAAUGAUGCUGGGGUAUCAACCGGACAGUUGAACGUGUGUGCCGUAACUGCCCCCACUUCCGAUCAGACUAGUUCAACUGCCUCAUCCGGAACUCCUGGACACUCACCUUUGAACACUCCAACAAAGGGAGCAACUGUUCCUCAGGUGGUACCGAUCAAUAUUGCUCCGGCUAGAUUACCUACCAUUUCUUCUAAUUUGACAGCGUCUUCUUCGACUCCGUCCGUUUCGACGGGUUCAAUGCGCUCCCCCUUGCAUCCGGCCAUAUCCUCAUGCAUUCUGUCACCGCGUCACAAUNAUUUAUCCUCAGUUUUCUCAUCUUCAUCUAAUCGAAAACGGGCUCGCAAACAACAAUUAGCCGCCACUGUUGCAUCUGCUCCAACAACCUCUUCUACGAGUACAGCUAAUUUGGCGAUCAUUUCCAAUUCCGCUCCAAUUACCAUUCCCGCGGUCACUUGUUCCACUGCUACUAACCCAGCCACUUUAACGGCUGUACCACUGUGUAGCACUGGACCUCCAAUAUCGAUUGCUCAUUUCACUCCGAUACCCGGCCGGAGUGGUCAAACUAUGACUCCAACAAUUGUGGCCAUUCCGAAACCGAUUAUUCAACCUGCGCCUUCUAGUACAUCUGCUCUUCCCAUACAGUCUCUGACAACUCUGUCACCUAGACCUGGUGGUUCUUCCACAGUGGAUUCUUUGCAAAUGAAGGCUGCCAACCCCGGUUUCAUGUCUUCUGUGUGUGCGACCACAUGUGCGUGCCUGAGCGCUCCACUAAACUCUAUGUCUAUGGCUACACCAACAACCACUACAACAACUGGGGGUUUUGUGGGCAUUCGUCUUCUCUCAGUUCGCCCGAAUCCUACCAGUAUGACUCAGUCAUGUCCCACUGCUCUGGUGACCAGCCCCGCGCAACUGAACACCCUGCCAACGAAUGUCCCUAGUUUAAUUACACGACUGGGGACCGCUGGAACAGUCGGUUGUAAUUCCGAAGUUGUAUCGACUUCUGUUGGUGGGACUGGUGGCCUUGUAGCCCAGUCACUUCGCUCAACAACUUGCUCUUCAACCCCGGAGGUAGCUCAUACUCAGGCAGCAACGGUUUAUGUAUUAACCACUUCAAACGCCUAUCCUGUUCUCUCCUCUUGUACAUCGUCUUCCCUGGCAAACAUUCCGACAGUCGCCACCACGAGUUCUGAACCUCAUCCAACUGCUACUUUCUCAUUGCCUGCUGGUAUGGUUCCUGCUGCUGUCACGGCAACCACAAGUACCACACCGUCGUACGGUACUGCCAUUAUGAUGCCGGGAGUCAAUCCAAGUGUGGUUCAGGUCCGCUUCCGUCCUCCACUCACAGUAAAUACCGCAACAACAUGUACGACAAACUUGAAUAACGUUAGCCUCACUGGAGCUGGUGGCAGCGCACUGAUUGGAGCUAUUUCAACUGCGGCUGCGGCAACCAUUACGUCCCCACUGGUGCUAGACACAGGUCAAUCGGCGCGAUUUUAUGGUUCAAGUUCAUCCGCUUUCAACCCUGCAUCUACCGGAUCCUCCGAUCAAAAUAACAAUAAGGUAAUUGCGGCGAUUAGUUCGGAUUCGGCACCACCCAGGAUUACUCCCUUGCGACCUUCCACGUCUUUCACUAAUAGUAGUUCACUGUUACAUCGCCACUUGCUGACUCCGCAAAAUCCGGUACAUAGUGAACACAGCACAACUGAUCUGGAUGGCCGUAAUGAACCAUCCGUUGGAGAUCUGGACAAUCCGACAAUAGCCAACUCGAUUGAACUGUUUUCCUCCAUGGCGAACGUAUCCACCGACAACUCACAAUCCGGAGAUCUUCCUGCAUCCAUACCAUCAGGUUCAACGUCGUCUUUGCGAAACCAAGAAGUGGAAGUGCAUUGUUCUGGUCGAUUAAAGCACAAUGCCUAUAGUCAUCGUUCUGGGGAGAAUCACGUUCGCAUCACUGCAGCAGCUGACAUGGCUACUGAGGGCAUGGCCCGGUUGGACGACGAGGAGGAAGAUGAUGAAGACUUGAGAAAUUUGGGUGACAACAGGCUUCGCGUGUCCGACGUUCUCCGUUUACCUCGAAAAAGACUUAAGCUUGACGAGACAGUAAAAUCCGCGGAUCAACCCAAUGUUGACGAUUCACAAACGAUCCCGUUGAUGGAUGAUGAGCAACUUCUGCUUUUGCUCAAAUCAAAAGCGUUCACUGGAAAGUAUUGGUUGAAUCAUAGUGCUUCGCAGCCCAGUGUUGUUACUAGCGAUCCGUGUACCACGACUACUCCCGGUGGCACUAGCGUCCGCCUAACAAUCGAUCCGAUCAAUGGUCGUGAAUGGGUACUGAAUGGCUUACCUCCAAAACCAUCAAUGAUACCAAAGUGGAUGAAUUCUACCAGCCGCUCUGGGACUGCUUGGCGUGCUAAAUCUACUCAUUUCCUGAGCACCACAGAAAUUCGAACUAAACCGGAAAAUAAAUGGGAUGGAUCGAGGCGAAUGCGCCGCGACUUGUCUAGCAGACUGUCUCAUCACGAUGAUGGAUCAUUAUCUGGUUCUACUGCCCGUGGUCAUCGGCGUGUUUUAUCUCGGCGAUCUUCAUUGGAUAGGGUAUCUGAAGACAGUUCUGCAAACUCUUCCUCUUCCAAACCAUACAAUCCGGCUAUUGGCAACCUUAAUCGUCGAUUGUUGCAGGACAUUAUUGCCUUACGCCUACAACAGUCCCAGUUACAGUUCGUUCGCUUCCCACUCACCCACAUUUCCGUACUGAAUAUUUCGGGUUGGCGUAUGAUGAGUUGCACGGAUAAUUUGGANGGAUCUUUUGAAAGAUCUGAAUCUCCCGAAUGCGAAUCCACUGCGUCUGAUAAUGAUCUGACCGUUCAAAUGGAUACGGUUGUCGAUCUGAUCCUUGGAAUCAGUCAACGUAAACGCUGUUUACUUAAUUCGCUGCAGCGAUUGCACAAUCGAAGUCGACGCCUCGUAGAACAAUUUCAAACUGAGGUACUCUCCUUCUUUGAUGAUAUGGAGCAAGAUCAUGAGGAGCAAGACCAAGAUACGCGACUUGAACGUUCCACCUCGGUGAUUAUUAACAAUGGCAACGCUACCGGCAGCAGUGAUAUUCCUCCUCCAUCACCAUUGUCCUCCACGUCAACUAAGGCGUCCGGGACGGCGAUCAGCACCAAUACGACUGCGCAAGCGACUGCUGCUGGCAGUGGUCGCAGCACGCCGUUAAGUGUUCGACGAUCCACACGGACUAGUUCACCUAGUGGACGACAUCAAUUGAAACGAUUUCGUCGACGAGAUGCGGUCACCGACAGGACCGAAGAGUUAAGCGUGACUGCGAAAUCAACCAAUAGCACGAAUAAUUUGCUCAACGCCUCCACCAAAACUACUUUGCUGUGUAACGGUGAAGUGAACAAUAUUCACGGUACCCGUAGAUAA